CUCACUCACUCACUCUCUUUCCCUCUUUCUUUUUCGUAACUUAUACCCGUUCUAUUCUUGACAAUGGACAAUUCUGUACCAGAAUUCGCAAAAAGUGUCUAUUCAGCCAUAAAAGACAGCAUUCAGCAGACACGCGGCUUUCGUGCAGCGUAUGCACGGAUGGACCAGGAAUCCGAUGACGAGCAGGACGAUAGAGAAUUGUCACAUAGUCUAUUUUAUUCUGUUCAACAGAAUCGAGGAAUAGACAUUGCCGUUGGCGAAGAGAGUAUUCCACUGACCGAUUCACAUGCUUACUCGGACCGAAGUCAGCUCUUGUUUGACCAACAAGUUGACAGUUAUGAAGAAGAAGAAAAUGUCAACAAUGGCGAUAACGAACUACCACGACCCAUUCACUUUUCAGACUAUGAAGAAAGCCCGAAACCUUCGGCUAUUUAUCUCGAAACUCCUCCAACGGAUGUCGCUGGUCCGUCCACACUACCGAAUCCUAAAUCGUUGUCAGAGUCAUUAUUGCCGACAGUAUCUGCUAUCCCACAAGGCAUCACUACUGUAAAAACCGAGCGAAAAUUGCGCGAUCCAUUUUUUGCAGCACUCUAUUGCCUCUCUCUUUUGGUAUUUAUAGUCUCGGGGAUCAUCAUUGCAUGUACGACAAAUAGUCACGCUAUAGAGAAUUAUGCACGUGGCACCACGUUCAAGACUAUCUCUGAUAGUGCUGGGAUCAUGGCCAUCAUGGUGACUUCGGCACUUGUAUGUGGCACUCUAUGGAUAUAUAUUCUUCGCACAUUUACCAAACCCAUCGUUUGGGGAACCGUAGUGAUAGUGCCAGUGUCAUUAUUGUCAAUGUUUAUAUGGACUAUUGUGGAAUCACGUCAGCGUCCAAACAUCGAUGGCGGCCUUACAGCAUUAUCAUUCAUACCCCUGGUGUCUGCCCUUAUCUUUAUCAAGAUGAUCCAUAGUAGCCAGCAGCAAAUUAGCAAGACAAUUGCUGUAUUAGAGUUGGCCUGCGAUGUACUGCAUCAUAAUCCUGGAGUCUUCAUCAUCUCCGUCCUCUUGCUAGUUAUUUUUAUUGCCUUCACGGCGAUAUGGAUGGUGCUGUUUAAUCGUCUAUGGCUAAUUGGACAUUUGAAUUCUGGAUCUACUGCUUGGGUCGUGAGCGACAAUGCUUAUUUUCUCGCUUGCUUUUAUCUUUUUGUUUAUCUGUGGACUGCAGCCAUUCUUAGCAACAUGCAAAGAUUUGCAUUAUCUGCAGUGACAGCUCAAUGGUAUUUCCACCGACACGAGCCAGCUAAAUCACAUCAAGAUAAAGCUUGGAAGAACGCGUUGGUCCGUGCUGCUGCUUCCUCACUAGGCACAAUCGCGCUCGGAAGUCUUAUUCUUACGAUUGUACAAACUCUACAACUGUUUACGCAGUACAUACGAAAGAAUUUUAAGCAAAGUUGGCCAUUGAUGAGCAUUAUCUCGUUGAUUCUGGGAUACAUCGAAGCUCUGAUUAACCAAAUCAAUCAUUAUACGAUAAGUUUGGCUGGUAUCACUGGUGAAAGCUUUUAUAGCUCGGCAAGGUCAAGUACCAAAAUCUUUAGGAGAAACCUAUUAUCUGGUCUCGUAGGAGAUUUGCUGACAAAGAUGAUACUGUAUAUCGGUUCACUUGUCGUUGCCUUGUCUUCCGGUUUCGCCGCAUAUAUAUUUGCGACACACAGUUUACGAUCGUCACACGGAUUCAUUGUGGGUGCGUUGGCUACCAUUGUACCUUUAUACGUGUCUCGGUUCUUCUCCUAUACCAUGAUGAGCAUUGUUGAUGCCACAUUCCUUUGCUAUGCCAUUGAUCUCGAUACUGGCAUGGUCCAUAUGUCGGCUGCUCAUAAUAUCUUUUCGGGAUUUGAGUAGAAUGUGUACGCCGUCAUAAUAUAUGCAUAUUUCCUUCUCUCUCUCUCUUUUACCUCUAACUCCUCAUCUUUCGAGUGAAUUUACCUUACAUAUACUCACAUCAUCCAUAAUCAGUUUCUAUCAUAUCCAAUAUAUGUCAUUAUCCUUCCUCUUCUCGAUCUUUGUACUAUUCCCCCCCCCAAAAUGUUCUCUCAUUCCCUUCACUGUCUCAUCUUCAUACAUAUAUCUGUGACGCAUCUUUCCCUUAUUUUUUAUGCGCAAUAGUAUGUAUAUACAUAUAUAGCUUAUUUGAUGAAAUACACAUAUAGAAAGAUAUAUAAACGAA